GUUGGAUAAAUUAAUCGUGAUCGGGAACGGCAUCUCCAUUAGUACAAAGCAGUAGCAUCCGGACUUAAGACAGGUUCUAAGCAAUAGCAGGAACACCCACCACAUUGAACACUGAUUACAGCAAUCAGACAGGAUGAUACUUACGGCGAUUCUAGGCUUCGCAGUGGUCGUGUGCCUCUUGCAGCAGCGGGUUCUCAGCCAGAAUAGUUGCAUCAAUCCGAACAAAGCAGUUGGUACCUGCAUAAGGUACCAGACGUGUCCUUUUGUGCAGAAGAUCAUCAAUCUCUACGGACGUAAUAUUCCGCGGAAUAUUCAUAGCCAAAUCGUUCAGAUGCAGUGCAGGAGCACUACAAAUACUCAAGACUUCCAUAUUUGUUGCACCAAUAAAACCACCCCGCAGUCGUCAACCAACCAGGAAUCCCAACGAAAGGUUGUGCGAUCGGUGAGGCGUAACCUGAACCAAUAUGAUCAACAGGGUCUGCAGCUGCUGAACUCGGUGACCAACUGCGGCAACAAAGGCAAUCCCAAGGUCAGCGGUGGAGGGACAGCCAAGCCAGGAGAAUUUCCCUGGGUGGCCCUGCUCAAGUACAAAAUCAACGCUGAUCGUCCCUUUCUCUGCGGUGGAAGCCUUAUCAGUGAGCGCCACGUCCUCACCGCCGCCCACUGCAUCAUCUCGCAGCCCAAAGUAACGGCAGUUCGCCUGGGUGAGCAUGACCUGGAUUCCAAGAAGGAUUGUCACUAUUUGGGCGGCACUACUCGCGUCUGUCUUCCACCCUACGAGGAGUACGGCGUGGAGAAGAUAAUUGUGCAUCACAACUACGUCCAUGGCCAGAUCGGAUACGACAUAGCCAUCAUUAAGCUGAAUAGAGUGGUUAAGGAGAAGACUCAUAUUAAGCCCGUUUGCCUGCCAAUCGAUCCGAAGUCCUACGAACUGGACUAUAACCAGAGCUUCUUCAUCGCCGGAUGGGGCGGAACCGAGAGAGGCAGUGCUGCCGCGAAGCUCCAAAAGGCCGUGGUCACGCGGAGGAAUCUGGACGUGUGCCGGCGGUACUACAACAAGGGUGAGGUUAGUCAGAACCACAUUUGCGCCACGGGAUCCGGAAUCAAGCACACCUGCCGCGGAGAUUCCGGUGGCCCGCUGUUCUUUACGCAUCUAUUCAAGAACAAAUACCGAGUGGUUCAGUACGGCGUGGUCUCCUUCGGCAACAGUCACUGCGGCCGGAAGCAGAAUCAGCCGGGAGUCUUCGCCAGCGUCAUCAACAUGCUUCCAUGGAUCACCCAGAACUUGCAAUAG